ACAACGUUGGCUCAAGAUAAGGAUUUAAAGCCUCGCCAUUCAUUUCCCUCCUUCCACUUCCACCCUCUAUCUAUCAUCAUCCAUACCCAUUUCGUGUUUCACCACAAAGACUUCGUUUUUCACUCUCUAUUUUUUUGUCCCAAAUUUUCUGUGAUUUUUUUGGCCUUUUGAAGCUUCCGAGGUGACAGAUGAGCGGAUUCUGAAUCAAGUUUUGAAAUUCAAGCCAAGAUGAAUCCUGUAAUACCAUGCUCUAUUGGUAAUGUUUCAAUUAUUCCUGGAUUCACCUAUUCAACAAGGAAGAAUAACACUAUAACAAGACUCAACUUGUCACGGAGCACUGUAAAACCUGGAUCAUCAUCUUGGAGAUUUCUAUUACCUUCAUUUGUUGCCAGCGGAACGUUUCCUCAAAACAAAAGCAUCGGCUCUUUUCAUAAGAAGUCUAGAACCUCCAUAUCUGCCACAGAAACAGAUGUAGCAGUGGAGGAACCAGGUCCACCUGUUGCAGAUGAAGAUUCUGGUGAAAUUUCUUCAAAUGAAAUUGGAAUAAGUGAAGAUUCAUCUUCUAAGUCUGAUGCCAACCCUGAUACAGCUAAAGCCAAGCGUUCAAGACCUGCAAGGAAAAGUGAGAUGCCUCCGGUAAAGAAUGAGGAUUUGAUUCCUGGAGCAAGUUUUACUGGGAAAGUAAAAUCUGUCCAGCCAUUUGGUGCCUUUGUUGAUUUUGGUGCUUUCACAGAUGGCCUUGUUCAUAUUUCAAUGUUGAGUGAUAGCUAUGUUAAAGAUGUUGCAAGUGUUGUUUCUGUAGGCCAAGAAGUUAAGGUGAAACUGAUUGAAGUGAAUAAUGAAACUCGGCGCAUUUCUCUCUCUAUGCGUGAAAAUGCUGACACUGGUAAGCAACGAAAAGAUGCACCCGCCAAGACAGAGAAGGCUGGAUCUGGGAAGAGGAGCAAUUCAAAACCCAGUUCAAGGAAAGAUAAUGUGAUGAAAAGCACAAAACUUGUCAUAGGGCAGCUACUGGUUGGUUCAGUGAAGAAUCUGGCUCGGAGUGGUGCUUUUAUAUCUCUUCCUGAAGGGGAGGAAGGAUUUCUACCUAUAUCCGAGGAACCUGAUGAUGGAUUUGAUAAUGUUAUGGGAAACACUAGGUUGGAGGUUGGUCAAGAAGUUAAUGUACGUGUUUUGCGUAUCAAUAGAGGACAAGUAACAUUGACUAUGAAGACGGAGGAAGAUGCUACUGAUUCGACUACAACAUUUAACCAAGGAGUUGUCCAUACUGCAACAAACCCUUUUGUGUUGGCUUUUCGUAAGAACAAGGAUAUUUCUUCUUUUUUGGAUGAGAGGGAGAAACCUCAGAGUGAAAUUCAAAAGCCAUUACCUGGAACAACUUUGGAAGAAAUUAAGGAAACUGUCAAGCAAGGGGAAACUGUAUUGGAUGUUCCUGAUGUACAGGGCGAACCAGUAAGCAGCAAAUUGACAGACGAUGUUCCCCCUGCAGUCAAACAAAAUGCUGAAGGUGAUAUUUCUGCAAUUGAAGAAAAUGUGGGAAUCAGUUCAACGAUUGGCUCCUCAACAGCUAUUGUGGAUGAUGAAAGUAACCUAGUCAGCAAUGUUUCUAGCCCAACAACAGGUAUAGAUACACCCUUGGAGAAGGAAGAAGAGGCAGUUUCUGGAAGUUUGACUCCUGAAGAGGAUACACCUACUGUAAAUCCAAUAAUUGAGGAAGCUAUUCAGACAGAGGUCCCAACAACAAGUAUAGAUACACCCUUGGAGAAGGAAGAAGAGGCAGUUUCUGGAAGUUUGACUCCUGAAGAGGAUAUACCUACUGUAAAUCCAAUAAUUGAGGAAGCUAUUCAGACAGAGGUUACAACAAACGAUUUGAAAAUUGACUCACCUGUUGAAACAGCUACUGAGAACGUAAUAGAAAGUGGAGUUGACGUAAUUGUCACAGAAGAUGAGAAACAAUCACAAGUUCCUGAUGCAGUGGAAGAAUUUGCAGCUGCAGUACUAACUGAUACUGAUGCAGUUGGACCUAGCCCUGAUGGAAAUGGUACUAUUACUGAAUCAGAUAUUGCAUUGAGUAACCCAGCCCUGCAAGAAACUUCAGCAGCUGAUGACGUUGGAGCUGUUCCUGAGAUCAAUGAUGGUGACACUAGUUUGAGUGGCGAGUUGUCUCCUGAGGGAAGCUUGAAUAAAGAUGAAACAGAAGAAAAUGAUCAAGUUCCUUCUCCAGAAAGUUCUGCCACUGAAGUAGUAAAAACUUCCACUGAUAACCCUGAAGAAGAAUUGACCAAGCAGACUCCUGUCACAGAGAAUGAAAAUUUGCUUACCUCACAAGUUGAAGAGAAAGAGAUUGCGGUUGCAUCUGAGAAAAAUAUCAGUUUAUCUAGUUCUGAUGGAGAAGCUGUCGCUACUUCAGGGGAAGGCUCAAGUAAAGCAACUAUAUCUCCAGCACUUGUGAAGCAACUUCGGGAAGAAACAGGAGCUGGAAUGAUGGACUGCAAGAAAGCUCUAUCAGAGACUGGUGGAGAUAUUAUUAAAGCACAAGAGUACCUAAGGAAAAAAGGCUUAUCAAGUGCAGAAAAGAAAGCAAGCAGGGUAACUGCUGAAGGAAGGAUAGGUUCUUACAUCCAUGACAACAGGAUAGGUGUUUUGGUAGAAGUAAACUGUGAGACAGAUUUUGUCUCGCGAGGUGAAAUUUUUAAAGAUCUUGUUGAUGAUAUAGCCAUGCAAGUGGCUGCAUGCCCUCAAGUAGAGUAUCUCGUUACUGAAGACGUUCCUGAGGAAAUCGUUAAGAAAGAAAAAGAGAUAGAAAUGCAGAAAGAAGAUCUUUUGUCAAAACCAGAGCAAAUAAGAUCAAAGAUUGUUGAAGGGAGGAUAAAUAAAAGACUAGAGGAGCUGGCAUUGCUUGAGCAGCCCUACAUUAAGAAUGAUAAGGUAGCAGUAAAGGACUUGGUCAAGCAAACUAUUGCCACUAUUGGAGAAAAUAUUAAAGUUAAGAGGUUUGUGCGAUUCAACCUUGGGGAGGGUUUAGAGAAGAAAAGUCAGGAUUUUGCUGCUGAAGUAGCUGCACAAACUGCAGCAAAACCAGCACCUACACCAGCACCUACACCAGCAGACGAGCAACCUGCUGUUGCAGAAGCCAAGGAGACAGAGCCAAAGAAAUCAACAGUAGCAGUCUCAGCCUCAUUGGUUAAGCAAUUGAGGGAAGAAACUGGAGCAGGGAUGAUGGACUGCAAGAAAGCUCUAGCUGAAACUGGAGGGGAUCUUGAAAAGGCCCAAGAAUACCUGAGAAAAAAGGGUCUUUCCUCUGCCGACAAGAAAUCAAGCCGGCUAGCAGCCGAAGGCAGAAUUGGUUCAUACAUUCACGAUUCACGCAUUGGCGUUCUAAUUGAGGUGAACUGCGAAACUGAUUUUGUAGGUAGAGGUGAGAAAUUCAAGGAACUGGUUGAUGAUCUUGCAAUGCAAGUGGUGGCCAGCCCACAGGUGCAGUUUGUAUCCAUUGAAGAUAUUCCGGAGACUAUUGUGAACAAAGAAAAGGAACUUGAAAGACAGAGAGAGGACCUUCUUUCAAAACCAGAGAACAUCAGAGAAAAAAUUGUUGAGGGAAGGGUCUCUAAGAGGCUCGGGGAGCUUGCACUUUUAGAGCAGCCUUUUAUCAAGGAUGACAGUGUUUUAGUGAAAGACUUGGUGAAGCAAACUGUGGCUGCACUAGGAGAAAACAUCAAAGUGCGGCGAUUUGUUCGGUUUACUCUUGGAGAAACCACUGAAAAGGAAACAGCAGUAGCAGCAUAACUUUAGCAGAAGUUCCAUCUAGCAUGAAUAGUACUGGGGAAUCCACAUGCAUGUUAUAGAAGCAUAUGGAAGAUUAUGGGACAGGGAGGGACCAAUGUUGGAAACAGCAACUUAUUCUUCAUCUUAAUAACCAAAUGUGCAAUCGGCAGGGACUUAUUUUCUAAAUCUGUAUCUACAUUGAGGAUACACGAGGACUAAAUUUUGUGUUAAUUCUCUACAGUUUCUUUGCUGAAAAAUAUUAGUGGAUGCAUUUUUGAGUUACAAGUUUUGUAAGUUUUGAAUUACUGAAUUCAUCAAUUCUUGACUCGUUACUUCUCAUAAACAAUCGAUUUGAAACUACAUGAGUUGAACUAAUCGAUGCAAAACCAA